AUGGAAAAGAGUUGUUCAGACUGUGAUUGCAUAGCGUCGAUAUCAGGUGGUAGCGGAUUCUACACAGUGACCAUUAAUAGCGGACCCAUUGACGUUCAGUGCAUCAUGAAGAAUGGCUAUGCUUACACAGUGAUCAUGGACAGAAAUGACGGUAGUGUGGACUUCUACAGAACCUAUGCUGAAUUUGAGACUGGAUUUGGUAGUCCGUUCACAGAAAGCUGGAUAGGACACCUAUACAUCCAUCUGUUGACAGCCGGGGGAAACACAGUGCUGAGGUUCGAAUUCGAGGAUUACUCUUCAAACACUCGGUUCGCCGAGUACAGUAGCUUCAAUGUCGGAUCGACCUCAACUAAUUAUCUUAUGACAGUUUCCGGGUAUACUGGAGAUGCAGGCGACAGUAUGGCUUAUCACAAUAAUGCCCCCUUUUCUGCAAAAGAUGUCGACCAUGAUACGAAUUCAGGAAAUUGCGCUGUGGACUUUAAAACAGCAUGGUGGAAUCUGAGUUGUCUGCGAACCAAAUUGACAGCGACGUACGCCUCAUCCGGAAGUAAUGUUAUGGGCUGGUAUGGUUGGGAUGUGUACAAACCUUUGAAGGUCGUGAAAAUGCUUCUUCGCAAACCUUAAACACCCUUUCCUAAAAAGGAAAACUGUUUUCUCUUUCUUUAAAGCCCUUACAU